AUGAGAAACAUACUUUGUGUGGGGACCAAAGCCCUCUCCCACCAGGACGAGAAACGCAAACGAUUCCCUGUCAACUUACCGUUCCGGCGGAAAUCAAAACACCCGGGCAUUCCCAUCAUCUCUGUCGUGCAGAAACCACCAAUACCUGACUUCCUCCUCGUUGUUCCUGCGGCUGCCGCUCCAGAUUCACCUCUACAUAUCCCGGCUGAGGCUCCACGAAAUCCAUCGGUGGAGGGACUUGCCCAACCUGCACACGUACCCGAACCGGUUCACGAGCCCGCGCCUGCGCAAGUCAUGCAAGGACAACCAGAAGCACUGCUCGCCGGUGAUCCGCUAGGAGCACUUGAUGGGCAACAGGUACAAGCUGAUCCCGUCAUUGUUGUACCCGACGACGAUGCACCAGUCCCAGCCGAAGCCCCAGCGGAGGACCCUAAAGCUGUUGCUGAGCUAGGUAGAGUGUCCUUUGAAGAGAGCAUAAAAAGCGCCUGUACAAUCGCUGUUCUAGAACUCUUCCCCGACAUCUGUCCUGUUUACGUCCACGAAACAUGCGAGAGCUUGGCCUAUGACUAUGAGUCUGUGGUCAGCCAUAUCCUCGACAAAAUCGAUGACGGCCCCUCGUAUCCACGCAGAGCGGAUUUGAAGCGGAAGCGCGUGGCGAGCUCAGUGGAUACGACUGCAAACGGCGUUACUGCCGCGACGAGUGCUUUUACAAUCGAUUCCAUCGAUGACAGCAGCUUGAGUGUAAAAGAGAGAGAAGAGCGUGCUGCUCGAUUUUUCAACAGCGACGAACGUCGAAGCAGGCACAAGGUGGGCGCGUACACCCCAACAGCUCGCACGCUUUUGCAACAGGCAUACCCAUAUGUGCCGCAUAAGUUCAUCACCACGCAACUGACUAAACACGGCAACUGCCUCUUGCUUGCCCUACUCGACCUCGAUGAGCACAUUGUUCACAAGGGCCCGCUGCAUCUGGGAUUUGUAUUCAAGAAGACAAAGACCAAGUUGAAUCCGGUUUACUCGAUGGAAUCCCUGCCAGGGAUGAUCCGUAUUGAGGAGUCGGAGUCGAAAAAGGACGCCCUGGAGGAGUACCUUGCGGCUCUCAAAAUUCGACAGCUCCGUAAAGUGAAGCGCGACGAAGAGAAGCAGCGGGAAAUCAGCGAAGCUGCCAAUAUCGAGCAGGCCAAGAAGGACGGGACUAUCAAGGAUUGCGAGUGUUGCUUCGGAGACUUCCCCAUGAACCGCAUGGUGCACUGCAAUGCCUCCACUCUACAUUGGUUUUGUGUCGACUGCGCGCGGCGCAUGGCGGAAACCCAAAUCGGUCUGUCCAAGUACGAGCUGGCGUGCAUGUCCAUGGACGGCUGCCAGGCAGGCUUUGCCCGUGCGGAGCGCGACCGCUUCCUCGACCCGAAGACGGCAAUGGCCCUCGACAGCAUCGAGCAAGAGUUUGUCCUGCGUGUCGCCGGCAUCGAGAAUCUCGAGACAUGCCCCUUCUGCCCUUAUGCAGCUGAAUACCCGCCUGUGGAGGUCAACAAGGAGUUUGCAUGCCAGAACUCCGAGUGCGAGGCCGUCACCUGUCGUCUGUGCCGCAAAGAGUCGCAUAUUCCCAAGAGCUGCGACGAGGUCGAGAAGGAUAAGGGAGCAGCAGUGCGUCUGACGAUCGAGGAGGCCAUGUCACUGGCCAUGAUCCGCAAGUGCAACAAAUGUGAGUAUAGCCUUCCUAGUGCCGUUGCUAUUGUUCUGCGUUUAUUGGUGCGCAUGCUAAUUUUCUCGUCAGGUGGCACACCUUUCAUCAAGGAGCUCGGCUGCAACAAGAUGACGUGCACGCGUGCCGGCUGCUCCAAUGUGCAGUGUUAUGUCUGUCACCAAUCGUGCGAUUACUCGCAUUUCGACGACACUUCCCGAGGUGGAAAGGCGGGCAACUGCCCGCUGUUUGAGAGUGCCGAGGAACGCCAUGAAGUGGAAGUGCUCAACGCCGAGGAGGCGGCCCGUCAAAAGGCAAUCGAGAAUAACCCGGAUGUCAACAUUGACCAUCUGAAAUUCCAGAUCUCCGAACAGGUGGCGGCCGACGAGAGCCGCCGUAAGAACGAAGAUGCCGAACGGCGGGCAGCUAAUCAACGCUGA